AUGGCUGACGCACCCAAGAGAGGAGGCUUCGGCACUCGCGGCGACAGAGGUGGUGACCGUGGACGGGGCCGUGGCCGUGGCCGUGGCCGCCGUGGCGCCGGCAGAAGUGAGGAGAAGGAAUGGCAGCCCGUCACCAAGCUCGGCAGACUUGUCAAGGCCGGCAAGAUAAAGAGCAUGGAGGAGAUCUACCUGCACUCUCUGCCCGUCAAGGAGUACCAGAUUGUCGACUUCUUCCUUCCCAAGCUCAAGGAUGAGGUUAUGAAGAUCAAGCCCGUCCAGAAGCAGACCCGUGCCGGUCAGCGUACCCGUUUCAAGGCCGUCGUUGUCAUCGGUGACUCUGAGGGCCACGUCGGUCUCGGUAUCAAGACCUCCAAGGAAGUCGCCACCGCCAUCCGUGCCGCCAUCAUCAUCGCUAAGCUUUCCGUCGUCCCCGUCCGGAGAGGUUACUGGGGUACCUCUUUGGGAGAGCCUCACUCUCUCCCCGUCAAGGAGUCCGGCAAGUGCGGCAGUGUUACUGUCAGACUUAUCCCUGCUCCCCGCGGUACCGGCCUUGUUGCCUCCCCCGCCGUCAAGCGUCUCUUGCAGCUUGCUGGUGUCCACGACGCUUACACCGCCUCGUCUGGUUCGACCAAGACUCUUGAGAACACCCUCAAGGCUACCUUCACCGCCGUCUCCAACACUUACGGUUUCUUGACCCCCAACCUGUGGAAGGAGACCAAGCUCAUCCGGAACCCUCUGGAGGAGUACAGCGAUGUCCUCCGCGAGGGCAAGCGUUACUAA